ACUCUAUAUAGAGGGAGGCACGGAUUGACUUGGUCUCUCGUUAUCGUAACAGCAUUUCGCCAUUAGUAAUGUUCAAAAAUACUUUCCAUGAACGGAUAUAAUUUUUUCUUUCUUUUUUGUAAAAGCCGCAAGACCGAACAAAGUCGCUUCCGGUGGGUUUUGUUAGACUGAGUAAGUUAAAGAACUUUAGGACGCAGUUUCCAGAAACGCGGAUUUCAUCCUAGCGUGCGAAACGUGUUGGGGAUAAAGGAAUCAUCAACACCAGCCCGGAGGCUGCUCUCGUUUUUCUUAUUUGUUAGGUAAGAUAAUUAAAGCGGUCGCAGAAAACAAAUGUAAGAUCAUAUAUUUAGUGCAGACUAACGCAAAACUACUAACUUUUAGCUGCUAGCUAAUAUUGAUUUCCCUCGCGGCUUAGUAGUUUGGAAUUUGUAGAUUAUGAGUGGGGUGAAAUUCCUUCUCUCGCACGAGUUUGUCAGAAAUAUAAUUUGACCUGUAAGCUGAACGCAGAUAACUCGACUUCGUCAGCGGUGUGGAUAUACAGCUUUGGGGGACGUUUUCUCGAACCGAAUCUCAGCUCAGGCAGGACUCGCUCUCAUCUGACCAACACUGGCUGUUUCACUGCUCCCCGCCAGGAAGUGGUGCACCGUGAAUGUUACACAGCUGAUGUUCCAAGGAUCUGAAUGGAUUUCCUGUCGUCUAAGAGCCAACAGUUGUAGCUCCCUCAGCAGGAUGCUGAUGAGGCCAAGAAUACUAUUGUUUCUGACUUUCUAUGCUCAAGUUUUAAACACUCAAUGCCGGCCUGCGAACACAAAUGAAGGCUCUGUGGAUGCUCAACCAGAGCUGUUCACGCUUCAUCUUGGGAGUCGUUUGGUUCUCAGUUGCUCUGUAAAGGAUUCCCUCCACGCUGUCAACUGGACCAAAGACCAAAUUGCUGUUGUGAACGGGGAACACGUCCGGAUUAACAAUGGCCAGCUGGAAAUCGAGACUGUGGAGCUAAGCGACUCUGGCCUGUACACGUGCACCACUUUCGGCAACCACAGCCUCUACUUCAACGUCACAGUCUAUAACUUGGCCUCCUCUGAAGACGACGAUGACGAGGAAGAAUCUUCAUCAGAGGAAACUAAAUUGUUGGGGAGUCAGAAACUGAUGCCGAUGGCUCCACAAUGGAUUGAUCCAGAAAAAAUGGAGAAGAAGCUUCACGCUGUUCCAGCAAGUAAGACAGUGAAGUUUCGAUGUCCUGCCAGUGGCAACCCAAUCCCCACUCUGAAAUGGUACAAGAACGGGAGGGAGUUCAAGAAAGACCAUCGCAUUGGAGGCUUUAAGGUUCGUGAACACAUGUGGUCCAUCAUCAUGGAGUCUGUAGUCCCGUCUGAUAAGGGGAACUACACCUGCGUGGUGGAAAACCAAUAUGGAAGCAUUAAUCACACCUAUCAGCUGGAUGUUGUUGAGCGCUCCCCCCACAGGCCCAUACUGCAGGCCGGGUUGCCAGCCAAUCGCUCAGUAGUGGUGGGGAGUGAUGUGGAAUUUCAUUGCAAGGUUUUCAGUGAUCCACAGCCUCACAUUCAGUGGCUGAAGCAUAUUGAGGUCAAUGGGAGCGGCGUCGGACCUGAUGGUUUACCACAUGUCAAAAUUCUUAAGCAUUCAGGGGUCAAUAGCUCGGAUGCUCAGGUGCUUACCCUCUACAAUGUGACUGAGGAGGAAAGCGGAGAGUAUAUAUGUAAAGUGUCCAAUUAUAUAGGGGAGGCCAAUCAGUCAGCUUGGUUGACCGUCACCAAAUAUGACCCUGCAGCUGUCACUCAAUACCCCCCCACCAGUCAUACCUACCUGGAAGUAGGCAUUUACUGUGCUGGCUUCUUUUUCAUCGCUGUCAUGGUUGCCAUUGCCGUCAUCAUCAAAAUUCGCUCCACAUCGAAGAAGAGUGACUUCAACAGUCAGCUGGCAGUUCACAAGCUGGCUAAAAGCAUCCCUCUGCGCAGACAGGUAACAGUGUCAGUGGACUCGAGCUCCUCCAACCAUUCUGGAGUAAUGCUGGUUCGUCCCUCCCGCCUCUCCUCCAGUGCCUCUCCUAUGCUGUCAGGAGUGUCUGAAUACGAACUGCCCCAGGAUCCACGCUGGGAGGUCCCAAGGGACAAACUCGUUCUUGGAAAGCCACUGGGUGAAGGAUGCUUUGGUCAGGUGAUGAUGGGGGAGGUGCUGGGUCUGGACAAAGAAAAGCCAAACCGCGUGACGAAUGUUGCAGUGAAAAUGUUAAAGUCUGACGCCACAGAAAAAGACCUUUCAGACCUGAUUUCUGAGAUGGAGAUGAUGAAGAUCAUUGGGAAACACAAGAACAUCAUCAACCUGCUGGGAGCCUGCACACAGGAUGGUCCUCUAUACGUGAUAGUGGAAUAUGCAUCCAAGGGAAAUUUGAGGGAAUACCUGCGUGCUCGCCGCCCCCCUGGUAUGGAGUACUGCUACAACCCAGACCAGGUUUCAGUGGAGACCAUGUCCAUCAAAGACCUGGUGUCUUGUGCUUACCAAGUGGCUCGAGGCAUGGAGUACUUGGCCUCUAAAAAGUGCAUUCACAGAGAUCUUGCUGCUCGCAAUGUUUUGGUAACUGAAGACAAUGUGAUGAAAAUAGCUGACUUUGGCCUCGCCAGGGACAUCCACCACAUUGAUUAUUACAAGAAAACUACCAAUGGUCGUUUACCAGUCAAGUGGAUGGCGCCUGAGGCACUAUUUGAUCGAAUAUACACGCAUCAAAGUGAUGUAUGGUCAUUUGGAGUGCUGCUUUGGGAGAUCUUCACCCUCGGAGGCUCUCCAUACCCGGGUGUGCCAGUAGAGGAGCUGUUCAAGCUGCUGAAGGAAGGUCACCGCAUGGACAAGCCUUCAACGUGCACUCAUGAACUGUACAUGAUGAUGAGGGACUGCUGGCAUGCAGUUCCCUCUCAAAGGCCCACCUUCAAACAGCUGGUGGAGGACCUGGAUCGUUGUCUAGCUAUGACAUCCAACCAGGAGUAUUUAGAGCUCUCUGUUCCUUUGGACCAAUAUUCUCCCAGCUAUCCUGACACCCGGAGCUCCACGUGCUCCUCUGGUGAAGACUCUGUGUUCUCUCACGAUGCUGGAGCAGAGGAGCCCUGCCUGCCAAAGUUCCCUCCUCACUCCAAUGGGGCAGCAAUCAAAAAACGCUGAUACCUCAUCUUCCUUCAAACAUUGACGUUCCCCCUACUCCCUGCCUCAUGGGGUUGAAUUUCUCCCCACGCUCCUAGAGAUGAAGCGAAAGAACACUGGUGCUCUGUGAGAGAGGAACUUUGCGAUACUGUGUGGAACUCAAGUCGCAGACUGCAGAUGUGGACUAUGUUUACGGGGCACUUUGUAUUAGCAGGAGUAGAUUCACUUUUCUCUAUACCUCGAUCAUUCCAGUGUUUGGUCAUGAGAGCUGACCAAAUCACGUCCGUUUUUGUAAUGUUUGUGUGUAUGCAUAUGAUUGUUUUCACCACCUGAUGAGAUUUGGUCCAAUCCCAACACACUCCCAGCAGAUGUGCAGCACCAUGUUUAUGCACAUCUUUCUUAGUGUAAAUACAGUUUAAAAUAUAUAUAUAAAUAUUACUAUAUAUUUCCAAUACUCUUAUUUUGUAUUAACAUAAUGAUUUUUUUGUGUUUUGUACAAGGAUGCCAUGGUUUCACCCUUUUUCUAAUAUAAUUUUUAGGGGUGGUUGUUACACGAGGGUAUUCUGAAGUUGCUGUGGUUGAUAUGGCCAGUAUUUUUUGUCCGUAUUGCAGCUGUGACUCUCCAAAAUGAAUCAUAUUAUCAUUAAUAAUGUAUAAUGGAUUUUAUAUAUAUGUAUACAUAUUUUUUCCAACUUUAACAAACCUGAAAUUACGGCAUAGCAUUUCAUGCAGGACCAAUUUUUGAAAGUGUGGCGCUGUUUGUAUGCCCGUGAGUGCAGGCUUCCAGAGAACUGGUGGUAUCUUCCCUGAUGGUCUCUACUGUAAAUACUGCAGGUAAUACGAGCUGUAAUAUGCUUCAGUUAAUACCGCCAUCUGUGUGACCUUCAUAGGACUAAACUUCCACUGUAAAUGUUUUGAGGGGAGUAAACGUUUGCUGCCGUGUGACUUCAGAUGAAGAGUUGCAGCGCACGUAUGUCAUUGUAAAAAGGAUUACAUUCAAUAAAAUACUGAUGAUCAAGCAACUUAA